AUGGAGUUGGAACAUUUUGACGAGCGGGACAAAGCGCAGAGGUUUACCCGCGGGGGAUCCCGAGCCAACGGCCUGCCCAGUCCCACGCACAGCGCGCACUGUAGCCUGUACCGGACCCGCACCCUCCAAGCCCUGAGCUCCGAGAAGAAAGCCAAGAAGGUCCGCUUCUACCGCAAUGGGGACAAGUACUUCAAUGGGAUUGUGUACGCUAUCUCGCAGGACCGCUUCAGGUCUUUCGAAGCGCUGCUGGCUGACCUGACACGCUCUCUGUCCGACAAUGUGAACUUGCCUCAGGGGGUGCGCACGAUAUACUCGAUUGAUGGGUCACAGAAGAUCACCAGCAUGGAUCAGCUGGAGGAGGGAGAGAGCUAUGUGUGCGGCUCCAUCGAACCCUUCAAGCCGCUGGAGUACACCAAGAACGUGAACCCCAACUGGUCGGUGAACGUGCGGACGGUGGGAGCCGCGUCGCGGGGCCCCACCUCCCUGGCCACCGCCAAGGCCAGCUCCACCGAGUCGCGGGAGGGCCGGGACUUCAUCCGGCCCAAGCUGGUCACCAUCAUCCGCAGCGGCGUGAAGCCCCGCAGGGCGGUUCGCAUCCUGCUGAACAAGAAGACGGCGCACUCCUACGAGCAGGUGCUCACCGACAUCACGGAGGCCGUCAAGCUGGACUCGGGAGUCGUCAAGAGGCUCUACACCGUGGACGGGAAAAUGUUGACGUGCCUUCAGGACUUCUUUGGUGACGAUGACAUCUUCAUAGCGUGCGGCCCGGAGAAGUUCCGUUACCAGGACGACUUCCUAUUGGACGAGAGUGAGUGUCGUGUGGUGUCCAAGUCCCAGUCGUAUGGCCGCAUCUCCUCCAUGCAGGGCCGCUGCUCCCCCCGCAGUGGAGGGCCCUCACGCCGCAGCAAGUCCCCCGCCUCACCUGGAUCAGCCAAUGGCACGGCGGGAAGUCAGCUGUCCACUCCACGCUCAGGAAAGUCUCCAAGCCCCUCCCCUACCAGUCCAGCAAGCCUUAGAAGACGCAGAGGCUCAGCACACAGCGGCUCCUCUCUGUCUCUGGCCUCCACUAAGGUCUGCAGUUCCAUGGACGACGGAGAUGGACCAAGUGAAGUGGACCUAGGUCUAGGUGAGGAGUUUCCCCAGGUUCCGGCCACUAUAGCGGAGCGCUAUAAGGUGGGGCGACCACUAGGGGAUGGGAACUUUGCAGUAGUGCGCGAGUGUGUGGAGAGGUCCACGGGGCGGGAGUACGCACUCAAGAUCAUCAACAAGGCCAAGUGCAGAGGGAAGGAGCACAUGAUCCAGAAUGAGGUGUCCAUCUUGAGACGGGUGAAGCACCCCAACAUCGUCCUCCUUAUCGAGGAGAUGGACACCUACAGCGAGCUCUACCUCGUCAUGGAGCUUGUCAAGGGCGGAGAUCUGUUCGAUGCCAUCACGUCGUCCAACAAGUACACGGAGAGAGACGCCAGUGGCAUGCUCUUCAACCUGGCCAGCGCCAUCAAGUACCUCCACACCCUCAACAUUGUCCAUCGAGACAUCAAGCCAGAAAACCUGCUGGUGUAUGAGCAUCUGGACGGUAGCAAGUCUCUGAAGCUGGGGGAUUUCGGCUUGGCCACUGUAGUAGACGGCCCCCUCCACACGGUCUGUGGAACGCCCACAUAUGUAGCACCCGAGAUCAUCGCAGAGACUGGAUAUGGUUUGAAGGUAGACAUCUGGGCAGCCGGAGUGAUCACAUAUAUCCUCCUCUGUGGAUUUCCUCCAUUCCGUGGGAGUGCAGAUGACCAGGAGGUCCUGUUUGACCAGAUCAUGAUGGGCCAGCUGGACUUCCCCAUGCCCUACUGGGAUCACAUCUCAGACACAGCCAAGGAGUUGAUCUCCUUCAUGCUGCAGGUGGAGGUGGAGCAGCGCUACUCUGCACUGCAGGUGCUCGAGCACCCCUGGGUCAACGAGGAGGCGUUGCAGGAGAAUGAGCGUCAGCUGUCGGUGCCCGGCAAGAUCAAGAAGCAUUUCAACACCAGCACCAAGCCAGACAGCACCACCGCGGGAGUGUCAGUCAUUACAACCACCGCACUUGAUAAGGAGGGGCAGGUUCUCCGACGAAGACGCCACCAGGAUGUGAAGUCUCCAGGCCACCGUGGAGCAGGAGGAGGAGCCUUCACCACCACCCAGCAGCCCCACCUGCCUUCCCCCCAGCAAGGCCACCUGUCACCUGGCCGCCACACCACCUCCACUCCCCUCACCACCCCCACCACCAUGAACAUUCCCGUCCGCACUCCGUCCAACCUCGCGGUCUCCCCGUCCGAGUUCACUUCCGAGUCGGAGGAUUAUUCGCCCAGCUCGGCCGGCACCGUGCGCUCCCCCGUCUCACCUUUCUAA